GAGCGCUUAGAAUAAUCAUAAGCGGCUGGAUGAAGACUCACUGUGCAAUCAACACACAAUAUACAGGGGCCCAUCAUGCCCGGAUCGCCGUUGUGGGCAGUGGAUGUGUACGGGCGGGUGUUCAGUGUGUCGGCCGCUAGAGGCCGCUGGAAGCGCGCUGCCGAUGUUCUGCUGGAGCUGAAGCGUGUGACGGGCUCUCAGCAGUGCUGUUGGGGCAUUGGGUGCGACCAUCUGGUGUAUCUCAAUGUGGAUCCCAGUGAUGUGCCUAUCCGCCAUCAAGAAGAGACCUAUGAAAACCAGAGGUGGAACCCAGUAGAUGGAUACACUGACACACUCCUACCAACAGACCGCUGGCAGUGGACCGAUGAGUUUGGCUUGAACCCACAGCCUCUUCACAGCUUUGUGUUGCCCUCGACUAACUGGGAGUGGGAGGGAGACUGGUAUGUAGAUGAUGAGAGCUGUGGAAGAGAAUCUACUGAGACAGGGGGUUGGGAGUAUGCAGUGGACUUCCCUGCCACAUUCACCAAAGAGAAGAAGUGGAACUCGUGUGUCCGUCGCAGGCGAUGGCUUCGCUACAGAAGAUAUAAAGCCAUGGGAUCAUGGGCCAAGGUGCCUUUGGACAGAGGAAGACCUCCUCCAGAACCCUUCAUUGACAUCAGCUGUGGAGGCUGGGGCAUGAGUGACAGUCCUGAGAAACACAUUUACCUGUGGGCCGUGUCCCAACAAGGGAAGGUGUGGGUCCGUGCAGGUAUCCGACACCAGAACCCAGAGGGGACACGCUGGGAGCCUGUCCAGGUGCCCAGAGAGGUGGCUCAGGUUGGCGCGGGGCCAAAAGACCUGCUGUGGGCUGUUCUGUGGGAUGGACAACUCUUGGUCAGAACAGGCAUUAGUAAAGACUGCCCUACAGGUUUAUCGUGGAAACUGGUGCCAUCUCCAAAUCAAAAAGGAGCUGUUUAUGUUGCAGUAGGGAUCAAUGUAGUUUGGGCUGUUACUAAGGACAACAAAGUUUGGUUCAGGAGGGGGGUGAAUUCCCACAAUCCCACUGGAUCAGGCUGGAUCAGUAUUGGCGGAGAGAUGUUGAUGCUCAGUGUGGGACUCAAUGACCAGGUAUGGGGGAUUGGCAGCGAUGACCGGGCCGUGUAUUUCCGCCAUGGUGUGACAGCCAAAGAGGUCACUGGCAGGUCAUGGGUCACUGUGUCUGCCAAGCUCGAUGACAGCGGACUCACAAACCAUUCCAGUGCUGCUGGUAUCUUCAGUGGGAAGCUCACUGCUCCCUCCCAGGGAUCAGUUCUGGACUGUGAUGAUGCAGACAUUCCAGAGCCACAUGUUCCGAAGAUCACAAGUGACAGCUUUAUCUCUGCACUGGUGUCUGAUCGCUCGGCUCCAAUAAAGGACUCUGCCUCAGCAGUAAACCCUACUGUACCUGAAGGAGACCAGGUGUCGAGCCAAGAGUCCGAUUCCUCUAUCCGGACUCCAACACUCAUUUCGGACAGUGGCGAUACACCAUGGAGCAAUGUUGACCUGGAGGAGUUGAAGGGCCUUGUUCCCAGCACUGCCCGCAGCUCAAUGGCCACGUACCCCUUUGAGCUAGAGCAGAACACGGUUCAGCAGGAGGAAAUGCCACCCUGGGCGUGGGUAACGGGUGGAGGGUGUGACAUAGAUUCAAGCUCACACGUCAGCUGGCUGCACAUCUCAGACACAGAGCCGCUUUCUCCAUCCAUCACACCUGCGCUCCGUGCUGCAAACACAGAGAGAAACCAGCAAGAGCGAGGACCAUCCAUAGAGAAGUCUGUGUGCGUGACGAGAGGUUGUAUGUGUUGGUGGAGGGACUGGCCGCCCCAUCAGUGGGAGGAUGUUUGUGUGACGCUGGAGCAGGUCAGCGGUGCUGGACCUCUGAGAGAUGACAUCCUGUACCUCUACUACACUCACAACCAUGAGAAGAAGUAUGUGAAUGCUAUGAUAAAGGAGGUGACUGCUCUGGUGUCUGUGUUCAGUGAUGCUCUGUAUACUAUGGCUGUGUACACACCUGAGAGGACCAGACAGAGACACCCCAUUUUAUUGUCAACUCACUCUCAUCAAGACUUCAAUACUUGGUUGUCCCUGUUGAAUGAGUCAUGUUGUGAGUCCAGGGGUCUUGGAGGCCAUCUAUCCAAACAGGCACUGUGGGCCGUGACAUCUAAAGGUGAUAUCAUGGUCCAUGAACCAUCACCCAGCCUGGAGGCUCCUGCACAAUAUUUACCAUCUGAUCACAUGUUUUGGCAUCAAGUUCCGGGUCACCUUCUCUGUGUGGAGUCUAACAGUCUGGGUGUGGUGUGGGGCAUCGGUCAUGAUGACACAGCCUGGGUCUACACUGGGGGCUGCAGGGGAGACUCAGCUCAGGGAAAUGAAAAUAUCAACCAGGCAAUUGUUGACAUCAGGAAUGUCUGUAUCUAUGAGAACCAGCGCUGGAACCCGAUGACAGGAUACACUGAUAAAGGUCUUCCAACAGAUCGCUAUAUGUGGAGUGAUUCCUCUGGACUGAAAGAGUGCACCAAAGAGAGCACUAACCCUCCUUCACCACAGUGGACAUGGGUAUCUGAUUGGGCCGUAGACUACAGUGUCCCUGGAGGGACAGAUAAAGAGGGCUGGCAGUAUGCUGCAGAUUUCCCUGGGACUUUUCAUGGUUAUAAGACAAUUAAGGACUUUGUGCGGCGCAGACGAUGGGCUAGAAAGUGUAAGAUCGCCCUGACUGGACCUUGGCAGAAGGUCCCACCAAUCCCUCUGAGUGACAUCACCAUUCUUCCGUGUCUGGCUCAGAGCAGUCUGGAGCAGGUUCCUCUGUGGGCCAUCAGUGUGAAGGGAGAUGUUCUGUGUCGUCUAGGAGUCACCACCGACAACCCAGCCGGCAACUCCUGGCUCCAUGUGGGGACGGACCAGCCCUUUAAAUCCAUUUGCAUAGGUGGAGGCCACCAGGUGUGGGCCAUCACCAGAGAUGGAGCUGUCUUCUAUCGGGGCUCUGUGUCUGCCCACAACCCAGCUGGGGAGUGCUGGUACCACAUCUCAUCUCCACUGAGACAGACCCUCAAACAGGUGUCUGUGGGCAGGACCUCCGUUUAUGCUGUGGAUGAAAACAGUAAUCUGUGGUACAGACAGGGUUUGACACCCAGUUAUCCUCAGGGUUCUGCAUGGGAGCUCAUCUCCAGUAAUGUGUGUAAGGUGUCUGUUGGACCACUGGACCAGGUUUGGAUAAUCGCUGAUAAAGUUCCAGGUUAUCCAUCAGAGAGUUCAGGAACUGUGUGCCACAGGCUGGGAGUGAAGCCCAUGCAGCCGAAAGGCCUGAGCUGGGACUUUGGCAUCGGGGGCGGAUGGGAGCACCUGUCUGUGAGAGGGAACGCCAUGGAGGCCCAGCGUGUGGCUCGCAGUCCACUGCCCAGCAGGACCCAGAGUCAGGUGAACGGGAAUGCUGUGGGCUGCUAGCGCCCACCCUCUACCACUGUCAUCCCCUUCUCAUGCUCGACUCGCUCCCAGUGUCCUUUCAACCAAAUGUGACUCAAGUUGUUUUUCUUUUGAAUGCAAUUACCUGAUGAACAUAUAUCACCAACUUUUUCAUGUCUUCUUGAUGUCAUUAUUCAUGAUGGAAUGCAGGUGAAGAUCAUUUGGGUGACUUUCAACACUGGCUUCUUUUGUUUUUUGUGUGCGUUUAUGAUUUGAGCCAUCUGAUCCAGUGACGUUUUGAGCAUGUCACAUUUUCCUUCAGUUUCUGACCACGUUUGUGUUAUUGGUUUGAUUAUAUGUAAACUGUUAUUUUAUGUUUUCAGUCCUGUUACAUUGUCCGAGUCAUGAUGCUGUAAACACUGACACAAAUUUCCUGCUGUGAUCUUAUCAUUUUUCAAUAAAGCUCUACUAAGCACUUUU